CACAGGACCCUAGGGAUCUCCAGUCUCCGACGAACCUGUCGCCCCGGUCACAAAUAUAGAAGCUGCGCAGUGAAUUCGCAACCAUGGCGGGAACCAUUGGCGCCAUUAGUUCAGGAUUCGCGCCACAAAUGGCGGGUUUUACCCUAUUUAUUCGACCACCCACCACCGCCUUCCGCCAAUCUCGACACACCGUUUCCUCCCAAACCUCUGCUCUACGGAAACUAAUCACUCCACUCCUCGAAAUGGCAGACGCAGCGGAGAUCAAGAACGGCAGUACCGAAAUCCAGGAGCCGUCGCCGAAGAUCCAGAAGCUCGACCAGCAGAACGGCGUCCACUCCGCGCCUAUUGCCGCCGAUGGGUCUUUCUUCAAGGUGAAGAAGCUUUCCCCGAAGGCUGUCCUGCCCACCAGAGGGUCUCCUCUCUCCGCUGGCUACGAUCUCUCAAGUGCUGAGGAGGCGAAAGUGCCGGCGAGGGGGAAAGCCCUAGUUCCGACGGACCUGAGCAUCGCGGUGCCUGAAGGGACCUACGCUCGCAUCGCUCCGAGGUCGGGGCUCGCAUGGAAGCACUCGAUCGACGUGGGAGCCGGAGUGAUAGAUGCCGACUACCGAGGCUCCGUUGGGAUUAUCCUGUUCAAUCACUCCGACGUUGACUUCGAGGUCAAACAAGGCGACAGAAUUGCUCAGCUGAUUAUCGAGAAGAUCGUUACUCCUGAGGUCGUGGAAGUUGAAGAUCUCGACGCCACAGUUAGAGGCGAAGGAGGGUUCGGUUCCACCGGCGUCUGAAAUCCCUUCGGUUUUCGUGUCACCCCUCUUGCAAACCCUCGUCGCCGACUUGUUUUCACUAGCUAGUUUUGGCAUUCGUUGAAGGGGCAGUUCAGUGGUAUUAGCGGAUCAAGUUGUUACUUUGUAUAUCGGAUAUCACUACAUAUUGUAGUAGUGAUCAGAGCCUAGAAGCCUUGUGACUUGUUUAUCAAGUAGUAAUCUACAGUCUACUCUUUCUUGCUUUCCUAUCUCUUUAGCACUCCAAGGCUUCAGCAUA